CUUUCUCCUGGCCCCAGGGGACUGAUGCUCGUAUCCGAUUUGUCAGCUAGUGCGCUAGUCUGGGUAGAGACUGCGGCUAUCCGGAUAAUGCGGCCCCAGCUCACCCAACCUGUCACCCGCUCAGGAUUGCGGCCUUAUGUAGCCUGUGUAGCCAUAGCCUAAGGCGUCUAGGGGCCCCGGGCGUCCAGUAUAGCCCGCUUACUCUGCCUAAAGGUGAUGUCCCAGGGUCAUGGGCAAUCAGCAAGUCCGGGCGGAGAGUUACUAACUGAGCCGGGGCCUGCAAGUCCCCAAGGCUGACUCGCAGGCCCUCCGAGCUGGUAACUCCAGGCCCUCACGCACAAACUCCCAAACGGGCAGAACUGAGACCCAGAAGGACGUUGGGGAUUAGGUAGUGAGGCCCAAGAAGCUUCGUUCUCUGCCACUAUUGCAUGGUGAGGAGGCUUGUUUGGGAAAAGGACCUCUACUAACAAAGAGAAGGGUUCCCAGUCUUGCUAGGAUCAGGGUCUGGGUUUCAAAAUCUCUCAACUGGAGAGCUGGAUGCUAAUUUGAAUGUCCAGUUAUCUUUUUCUGUUGAAGCUGCUUAAUCUGUGUUUUUUGGCCCCUUACAAAUAAGCCCUCUUGGUCUGGAGUGCAUAGAGCCAAGAGUGAUGUAAUAGGAUUCAUAAACUCUAAAUUGAAAUCCUAGUUCCAGCAUUCUACCCAUGUGCCUUUGAACAACUCAUUUUUUUAAUUCACUUAACUUCUCUGUGCUCUGCAGAAUGAGAGGUUUGGUUCAUGAUCUAUAAGAUCUUUUCUAGAUCUGAACAGAUAACUCAAACUUCCAAAACGGUCCCUCUCUUUUGUUAGAUGGAAAUUAACCAGCUUCGCUGCAAGGACUGGUUGUUGUCAAUGGGAUUCCUGUCCUGAUAGGGGUUGGACUAGCUAACCUUUGAUGAAAGCCCUGUCAGGUCUAGGAUAAAUGUGAUUCCCUGGAUACCAAGAUCAAUGGACAGAUCGACCAUUUGGCACAUUCUCAGCAUUGGAAAAGUGCUGACUUAUGGAAUCAAGGCUGACUUCUCCUGAAUUACUGGGUAACUCUAAAUAUCUCUUUCCUCUUCCAUGGACCUGUUUAUUCCUCAAUAAAAUGAGACAGAUGAUAUGGAUCUCAAUAACUUCUUGUUUAGACAAAGGCUUGUCUAAAUCCUGUGUCCCUCCUGACACUGAUCACAUACAUACAAGAAACCUAAGAGUUGUUGACGCCUCUCCCUUCCAGUCCUGAUAAUCCGGGACCCCAGGAUUUGAGAGGACUAACAAUUUGCAAGACUACAACUCCCAGCCAUCCUUGCGCCCAAAGACACGCGAGACCUUCCCGGCAGCCACAAACAAAACUAACCGCAGACUUCCGAGCACACUGUCGGCUCGUCUGUCGCACUGCCUGAUCUCUUACGCUCAGGCACUCUCAAAGACACCUCCACCCGGCCUUGGUGCAGGGGCUCGCGCAGACGCCCUCGCUUCGACGUCGGUCCCCGCGCAGACGCAUUUACCUCUUCAGGGUCCUAGCUGAGGGACUCGCGGUACCCGAAAGCUCGGGAGCGUUCAGUGGCGUCUGCGGCCUGACGCGAAGGCGACAUGGAUGACGAGGAGGAGACCUAUCGGCUGUGGAAGAUCCGCAAGACCAUCAUGCAGCUGUGUCAUGAUCGGGGCUACUUGGUGACCCAGGAUGAAUUAGAUCAGACUUUGGAAGAGUUCAAAGCCCAGUUUGGGGAUAAACCCAGUGAAGGACGGCCUCGACGCACUGAUCUUACUGUAUUGGUGGCCCACAAUGAUGACCCCACAGACCAGAUGUUUGUCUUCUUCCCAGAGGAGCCAAAAGUUGGAAUAAAGACCAUCAAGAUGUAUUGCCAGCGGAUGCAGGAGGAAAACAUCACCAGAGCCCUCAUCGUGGUGCAGCAGGGCAUGACGCCUUCUGCGAAGCAGUCCCUGGUUGACAUGGCGCCCAAGUAUAUCUUAGAACAAUUUCUACAGCAGGAGUUGCUCAUCAAUAUCACUGAACAUGAGCUGGUUCCAGAGCAUGUUGUCAUGACAAAAGAGGAAGUCACGGAGCUGUUGGCGAGAUAUAAGCUUCGAGAAAACCAGUUGCCCAGAAUCCAGGCUGGAGAUCCAGUAGCACGUUAUUUUGGAAUAAAGCGAGGACAGGUGGUGAAGAUCAUAAGACCCAGUGAAACUGCCGGCAGAUAUAUCACUUACCGGCUGGUGCAGUAACGGGCUCCUGACUCCCUGAGAAGUAAGUCGGGGCUAUUCUUUCAACCUCUCUGAUGAUACCGAGUUAAUUCAGCACUGACUUCUGCAGUUUUUGGUGAAAAGAUUUUUGUGUUCCAUUUUAACACCUUGAGGUUCCUGCCAUUCCAAUUACAGCACCCUCCAAUCCCAGCUGCAAUAUUCAGCCUGGAACCCCACAGCAAAUGACUCUAGUCUAGGACCUGUUUUUCUUUUAACAUAAAUGAGUUCUUUUGCUCACUUUUAAUCUAACAACCUGCUGGUGUGGGGAGGGGGAAAUGAAUCCUUCCUGUAAGCAGAAUGCUCACUCUCCAUCAAACCUGGUGGUCUACUCAGGUUCCCAGAAAAUUCUGAGAUUGUCUUAGGUCUGUGGUAUCUCUUGAGGCCUCCCAUCCAAGCACUACCUUUCCCUACAUGCUUAAUCUCUCAGAGAUUAUAGGGGAACGUAAACUAGAAAGCUUAGAGGCCUCCAUUCACUUAUCUUCAUUUUGCUGUGAUUUAAGGGGAUUCCUUUCUGCCAAGUCCAUAGUGUUUGCCCUGAGCACCCUAGAGAAAGGGAAAAAGAGUGGCUUGUUAAUGGUUAUGUCCCCAGGUGACCUUGAAAUUUUCAAGUAGCAUCACCAAAGGAGCCAUACCAUGCCUUGUGAGACUGCAACCAGAAAGGGAACCCUUCCCCUCCUCAGCCCCUGCCCUGUGUGGAGCUUUGCCAGGCCCACCCUCCCAAGGCUGUCUUCCGUUUACCUCUCCCAUGGAACCAGGAGGUCCACAAGGUCAGGACUUUGCUCAGCCUACCCCCAAAGGACCGAAAGUCAAUGCUAAAUUGUGUCUCAAAAAUUCAGGAAGUCCAGUGUUUCUUUGAUGUAUGUACAUAGAAAAGCGCUCAGUUUAAACCUCUGCUGCUUUUCAGCAUGACCUUUGACAAGUCACCUCAGACCUGAUCCUACUCUUGUUGUUGGUGUGUAUACUUCUUUUCCUCCUUCCUCCUUCGCCCUUCUUCUCCCCUCUCUUGUUCUUUUCUUAGGCUCUUCCUAAAAAUGAUCUCUCCCUGUCUUGCCCUCUGUACCCCCCACACUUUAGUAGAUUGUUUCAUAAGGUACCAUAGCCACUAUUAGACUACAACUGUUUGGCUGGCCCAUUACCGUGUCUAGACCUAUAGCUUUUCCAGCAUUAAGGAACCUGGCACAGUCUGAGAACCUAGGGUCAUGUCCAGUCAGUUGCAGGAAGAUUUGUAUCAGAGGUGAAUUAUAAAUCUUACUAAUUGAGUUUUUGCCUAAUGGGUUGCUGGGAAACAAAUCCCUCUUAAGCCCAAUCUGAGCCACCAGUGGCCUGUUUUUAAGUAUCCCAGCUGUAGUGUUUUCUCUGGUGUAUAGCAGGCAAACAAAAGCACAGUCUUUAAUCUUGGAUCUCUAUGGUAAAAGAAUACUUUAACCUUUUAGGGUAGAGUGAGAAUUGUACAGCUAUUCAGUAACUCCCUUCUCUGACUCUUCUAAUUGGUCUUCUUAACCCAAUCCCCAUGCUCUCUAAUACAUCCUCCAUAAAACUGCCAAAGGCCUUUCCUUAAAGCACAGUUCUGACCAUCUCACUCUCAUUAACUCUGGUAGCCUCUAGGAUCAAAUAAAUUGGUGGGGUUUUUUUUUUUUUUGGGGGGGGGGGUCUGUUUUUGUUUCUUGACAUUUAAAGCCCUCUAAUUCAUAACCUGGACCUUAGGAUCUCUUACUUCCCUUCCCCCUCUUGGGUGGUCCAGCCAAACUGGCCUAGGGACCUUCUUGCUUCUCACACAAAAAAUUCUUAUCUCCCCUUGGCUGGAAUACUCUCCUAGCUCACAUCUGCCUCUUCAGAUCCCCGACUUUGUUUAAGACUUACCUAAAAUAUUGUCUUUUAUGUGAACUCUGUUGGUUUCUUCAGCUACUUUUGACAUGUGUAUAUAUGCUGUCUACCUUAUCUGGAAUGUCAGCUGGAGGGCGGGACAUUUGUGCUUUUCUCCAUAUCCACUACUUGACACACUGCCUGCCACUCGAUGCUUGUUGAUCGAUUCCCACUCUUAUUACCCAGCAUCCCUGGAAAUGUACUAGCCUCUGAAUCCUGUCCGAGCAUGCAAAGCAGAUCUGCCUGGGAAGAGGGCUGACCCUCCUACGCCAUUCACACACGGGCUGCUGUGUGUGCUACCUGGCCCAGUGAAGAAAGCCUAGAGUUUUCCUUCUCACUCACCCAACAGGACAAACUGGAGACAAAAAAAAAAUGGCAGAGGAUCUUUUUUGGAUGGAAAUGGUGGGGGAGAUUAAUAGUUCACAAAAUAAACUGUAAGUCUUGGAUCUUACAUCUUGGCCUCCAAACCAUUCUUUGCAAAGAUGCCGGAUAAUAAGGCUUAUAUACAGAUCUGAUCAGGCGAUUUUCCUGCCUAAAACUUGUAGUGCUUCUAUUGUGUCGAGGAGAAAUGACAACUCAUCUUUGAUCUUUUGUAUGUCUUCUCUUUGUGAAUGAAGUCCCCCUGACCUGAAUAAGCAAUCGUAUAAUUUUAUUCUGCACUGUUUUAAGGUUUUAUUCUGCACUGUUUUAAGGUUCCUUAUUUGGAAACCCUCUUAAUUUCUACCCAUUGAAGUUAUUACCAGUUCUUGACCUGAGGGGUUCAUUUCUUCCUUGAAACCUUAUCCUUGGUAAAAAGGGUAAUGUGGAAUGGUGGAAAUGGUGCUGGACUUGGAAUGAGGAAAAGCAGAGGAUGAAAUCUCAUUGACCAUUUGUUAUUUGUUAAAUGGCAGUAUCUACCAUAGUGUUUUUGAGCAUUACAUGGGUAUGUGUGAGGUGCUUUGCAACCAUAAAAGCACUGAAUGAACAUUUAUUUGUCCUGUAAAAAUUUUCUAUGCUCAGUUUUUUGUUUAGAUUUAAUUUACCUUUGUUAAACUUUACCUUGUAUUAUACUUGUUUGUGAUCUCUCAUGUUAGACUGUAAAUUCCUAGAAUAUAGCAAGUCUCAUUCAUCUUUGUUAUCCCUAAGUGCCUAGUACAGUGCUUUGUCUAUGACAAGUACUUAAUAAACAGUUUAAUUGAA